UGAAGAAGAAGCGCCACAAUAGGAGCGUUUUAUUUAAUUUUUCUAUUCAACACUUCAUCAAAUACUAUACACUUCCUCACAUUAUUCACACAACUCUUUUCCUUUUUUUCUUCUUGUUCUGUUUCAUAUAUAUACUUCGAACGGAAACAAGAACUUUUUCCUCUCUAUUUAAAUCCCAAACCCAUUUCAUAUAACGUCAAAGAAAGUGAUGGAAUUCGAAUUUGAUGAUCAAGAACGGUUCUGUGCAACUCCUAAGCUUCCUCUGUUCUCUAUUCCACUUAAUAGAGCAUGUGAGACUCCUGGCCUAGCGACACCACCUGUGAACAUCGCCGGAUCGGUCCCGUUUCUAUGGGAGGAAGCUCCCGGAAAGCCUCGCGUCUCCGAUGAGAACAAACCUCCGGCGUCCAAGCAGAACCACGGAGAAGGAGGAGGAGUGGUAAGGUGCCUUGAGCUUCCGCCGAGGCUGUUUUUUCCAGCCGAGAAUGAGCCAUCUCCGACCACAGUUCUCCAUGGUCCUUACAACAUACCUCGCCGGUCUCUAUCGGUGAAAAGGAGAAGCGAAGGAGACUCUGAGGGUAGAUCCGACUUUUCACGUUCCAAGAAUGGGCGCUGCUGCGACGACGGCGGCGGAGGCGGAACAACGGUGAAGAUCAGUAGGGUCAAAAGAAAAGGAAGCCUCUUGAAUCUUUCUCAGUCCAAACCGCAGUUCUUGGCAAGGGUUUACCAAGGAUUUAAGCAAGUGAUUCCAUGGAGGCGUAGUAGGCAAGAGAAUCUUCCAAGGAUGAGUUCUUCCAAUAUUUAAGCUGAAUCUCUUCAUAAUUAUCUUUAUAAUUCUCUGGUUAAUUAUGAACUAAUUAAUAUCCCUCUGUAUACACCACAUCAUUUAACAGACAUGAGAAAAAAUAAUUACUACAUAUUACAUUUUACCAUAUUAAACCUUGAACUUUCACUGCUUCUGUGUGAUUAUGUGAUUCAAGGGUAAAUAAAACAUUUGAUAUCAUUUGCAUGUUACAAACUUUUUCCUAAAAAGGAAAGCAGUUGAUUGAUACUGCUUC